AUGAUAAAAAAUGUACCCAAUUUAACACCCAGGUAUCAUACCUAUAACGAAAUGACUCAAUUUUUAAACGAAAUAUCACAAAAUUAUUCGGAUUUUGUUAAUUUAUAUACGAUCGGACAAUCCGUCGAACAAAGAGAAUUGUGGGUGCUUAGAAUACGGGCACCAGGAUCUCCCGUUAUUGGUGUACCACAUGUCAAACUUGUUGGUAACAUACACGGUAACGAACCUGUCGGUCGAGAACUCAUUCUUUAUUUGGCCGAAUAUCUUCUCAAAAACUACAACACGAAUCCAGAAAUAAAAUGGAUUUUGGAUAGAACUAUAAUACAUUUAUUACCAAGCAUGAAUCCCGAUGGAUUCGAACGUUCAAAAGAGGGAGAUUGUUACUACGGACCGGGAAGGGAAAAUAAAAAUUUUGUGGAUUUGAACAGGAGUUUUCCCGAUCAAUACAUUGAAAAUUUAAUACCACCACAACCGGAAACACUUGCCAUUGCCAAUUGGCUUGCUCAAGUGCCUUUUGUAUUGUCAGUAAGUUUUCACGGUGGUGCACUCGUUGCCAAUUAUCCAUACGACAGCAAUCCGGGAAAUGAUCAGGAUUUAUUGGCACCACAUCCGUCACCAUCGCCUGACGAUGAUGUUUUCAGGUAUUUAGCAUCGACUUAUUCGAACAAUCAUUUGACGAUGCAUCAGGGAAGGACUUGCAAUAACAAUCAACCCCAUUUUCCGGGGGGCAUAACAAACGGUGCUGCCUGGUAUUCAUUUCACGGUGGAAUGCAAGAUUUUAAUUACAUAGCACACGGUUGCAUGGAACUCACUCUAGAAAUUUCCUGUUGUAAAUAUCCAAUGGCGAUACAUUUACCAAGAUUAUGGAACGAAAACAGAAGGGCCAUGUUGGAAUUUAUAAAACAAGCACAAACGGGAGUUCGAGGGAUCGUUGUUGAUAAAAUGACUUCCGCUUACAUUCCAGAAGCUGUUUUAUACGUUUCCGGUCGUCACAUACCUUUCACAUCGUCUAAAAAUGGAGAAUUUUGGAGAGUUUUGCUUCCGGGAUAUUAUAUAUUGACGGUGAGUCGUUGA